UCAACACGGGGACAGCCUUCCCCUGGAUGAGGUUUAAUGGUUCAAGUCUUUUAUUACAAUGCAAGCUCCCCUUUCGACAUUAUAUUUAUUCACAAGACUUAUCUGCGACAGUUAAAGCUAUGCAUUUUAUCACUACUUGUGAUCUUAUGAUUCUUAUCCUUGCAUUGGAGGAUUGGAGCGCCCAAUAUAUCUUCGAAAGAAUAUAUUCCCUACGCUCUCACUUGUAGCAGAAAGCCCAAGGAACUGCAGGAACACAUGGUGCUUCCACUACUAAUUAACUAGAGAGAGAGAGUGAUCAGACAAUAUAAGCAAGACAGCACACUCUUGAAGGAAACUGCAAUCUACACUUGAGUUCUGAACAAAUCAGUAGCAUGACACUCCAUUUUCUUCUCAUCCUUUUCUAACUUAAGAUUAAUUAGUUAACACUACAAAUCCUUGACUAUAAGAAUCCCAGCUUAUUGAUCUAAAGGAAUCUAAAGGGACUAAAUAUCAUCUGAUCAUUUUUCUCUUUCAAUGCAAGCCACUUGAAGAAUCCCAGCUUUCUACCUACACUGGUAAACCCACAUCAAACGUUCACAAGAUAACCCAUUGGCAUAAAUCUCGGUCCUCAAGUUCUUCCAAGAGACAUCAGACAGACUUUAUGAUGAUGGGGGGGGGAAUCCAUUGAAAUUGAACAGGAGCGAUGACGUCCUGGACAAAUCGCAGAUGGGAAAUGGAAUAUGAAAAGCCUUGCUAUUAUAUGGCGUGGUCAGGCCGAAGAAAUUGAAGUUGCCAGUUUUCAAAAUCAAAGUGUUGGUCGGUAUGUUGAUGAAAAAGGCUUCGGUUGUGCACGAUGUUGUUGUCGGAGGUUUGUGGUUCAAUCAUCUUAGAGCUAAACUAAACUCUGGUGGUUUGUUGUAGUAGCUGACGAGUGCUUGCCAAGAUGGCCCUUGAGUCCUAGUUUUAACCUCAGAGAAGACCAAAAAAAGAAAACAAGGAAGGAAGGAAUAUAACAGUGACAGUUGUAAAUUCUCAAUUUUAUAUAGCAGCACCGUCAUCACAAGCAAGUUUUAGCGGCCGUCUUGUGGGAGCCUGAGCUCGGGUAAUGUUACGGCUCUUCAGUACUCGGCUAAGGCAAUGGUGGAAUGGCAAGCUCCAUCAAAUUAUAUUCAAGAAUUCCCACAAGGGUGGCAAGUGGCUUUAUCAGGGAAAGCUUUGCAGGCAAGAGCCCUUGUAGUUGAUGACCAGAAAAUCACCAAUUUAUAAGAAAAUCCUUCACUGACCUCAUUGAAGAAUGCGGUAUUUAAUAAUGCAAGACUAAGGAGACCAAAACUAAAAUAUGGACCACAACCAGGACUUGGUCCUCUAAAUAUAUAGAAGCAUCUAUGCAGGCGUGUGUUUAAUCCUAGAAUUUUGUCAGCUAUUAACCACCAACUUGCUAGGUUGCCGUUAGCGGAAGCAGACAAGAAGAAAUGGAGAAGGCGAGCAAAUGGAUAAGAAACCAUCUCAUGGGGAAAAAGGAAGCGAAAUAUAAGGUGGACAGGUCCUACAAUGAGAACAACAUUGCUGAAAGUCCCAAAGUGAAGCGCAGGUGGAGCCUUGGAAGAAAGUCAAGCACCAGAACGACAGGGAACGCAACUGCGCAUAGAUUUUCCGCUUCUUUUGAUUCAAGCUACUCUGCUAACCUCCAAGUACAAUCGCUUCUGCAAACCGACGCUCCAUACAUUCUUUCAACUUGUCUACUACCAAAGGCUCCUACAAACAUUGAAAGCUCUGCUGCUACCAAGAUUCAGGCUGCUUUUCGCUCCUAUUUGGCGAGGAAAGCAUUGCUUGCUUUGAGGGGACUAGUGAAGAUACAGGCACAAGUAAGAGGCCAUCUUGUAAGGAAACAAACAAGCGCUACACUGCGAGGCAUGCAUGCCUUGAUGGCUAUUCAAGUAAGAGCCAGAAUUCAAAGACUUCAGACCGCACAAGAAGCUAAUCUGCUGCUUCCAAAAUACUCACCCCCACAUCCUCAAAUUUCUCGGGAUAUGGUUUCUGGUAUUACACCAUCUACUGCACAAGAAUCUAAAGACCCAAAGGAUAUGGACCUAAAAGAAAUGUUGGAAAUCAUGGGAAGUAGAAGUGGUCCUCUAGAUCCUUCAGAUACAGAGCAUGCUGUCAUGUCAUUCUAUCCAAAGGAAAAAUAUCAGUACCAGGAUCAUGCGUUAAACGCAGAACCAAGCAGCUCAAGAAACAGCUUAUCAAGUAACCAGCGCCAUUCAAUGUCACGGGCACCCAAUGGCCUCACUAGGACGGAAUCUUCGAGAGCUAAAGCAAGGUCUUGCAGUGAACCAAAACAACGACCCGUACAAGGUACAAGGCGCAAAAACAAGCCCGUAGAAUCUACAAAGGACUUGAAUUUUUCAUUGGAUGGUCGAAGGCAAUCUAUGUCCUCGAACUCCUUACGCUUUAUCUACCAUGGAAACGAGGACCAUUGGGUUAUGAACCAUUACGAGUCAUCCACGGACAGCAAAAGUGGGUCCUUCCACGGCAGCACGGCGACUAGUAAUUCUUGUUAUUGAAACUACAUUGCUCCCAACAAAAAGCAAGAAAUCCAACUUUUAAGAGUCAAGUGGCAUGCGAAUAUUGAUAAAUCAAUGACAUCUCAGGAGAACGGAUAUGCUCAGCGCACCGAUUAUAAUAAUUGUAUCCUUUUUUAAUUUUACCUGAAUACUGACAAUCGCGAAUUGCCUCUCUGUUAAUCUUGGAGCAGGAGAGAGUGUUGUUGUACGGGAUUCUAAUCCGAGCAUCCAAAAGCAGCAAAGCAUGGUGUUUUGGAUGAAAAUUUUGAAAUUGUAACUAACUAGAGCUUCAAUAGAUAUAUAUUGGUUAACGAUAGUUGCUCCUUGUUCUGUGUCUGCAAUA